AUCGCACCAUUACGGCCCAAGGAGCUCGCAAGGGCUAAAUACCGGUAACUGGAGUCGAUAAAGAGCAUUGAAGGCUCGUUUUCGAGAUCCAUACGCCGUACCUCCUCUCGUGGCUCUAGUUUGCCAUUCCGAGCCUCACCUCGACCAUCGAGCCCAAGAAACCCACGAUGGCCUCACGAAGUGUAUCUCCAGGCGGUGCUCUUUUGCGAGCUUCUAGAGUGUUCGCAAUACCGCCUCCUCUGCCACGGCCUGCGCCCGACCUCUCGUCAACCGCGAUCUUCAACUCCGACACAGCGACCCUUCCACACCCUAUCUACCAGUCGAUCACGACUCCUCAAUCAUCACGAGCACGGGGAGAUUGGGGGUUCAAACGGCCCUUGCCACUACGAGCGACUACGAAGACAUCGACGCCUAUAAUACGUGUGGAAUCUGUUGACACCUUAGAGCACAUCACAGAAUUCGGCUCUGCUGCUGAUCAUUCUCUGACGCUCCAAAAAUGGCAGGAAAUGGAUGUACAUCUAUCGACUCCUCCUCCUCCAAGUUCAAAGUCUACCUUUGGCGCUACUGAUCUCGACAGAAGGGGCGAGAAAAGUGUUUUCGAAGAUGCGAUUGACUCGACUACUACAUCCGAGGGUGCUAGCAUAACCAAGGAAGAUGCACGGUGGAAGUUCACUGGACCGUGGCUUGCGGGUCUCAAUGAGGGAGCUUUCAAUGAAUAUAUCAAGAAAGAGGUUCGCAAAAAGAAGCUUGAUUUCAACAAGUACCUACGAACAGCUUGCGCGGAAGCCCUCACAAAAGAGAAUCAGCGCGCAGCACUUGAGGAAGAGGGCGGAGUCGGCGAAACUGUGCAAGCAAGCGAUAUCACCGAUGAACAGCUCUCAAAAUAUAUCAAGUCUCUCCGUGAAGACCGCACCGAGUUGUAUAGACAUAUACGCAGGUUCCUGGACCUACCUCCCGCACCCAACCCAUCUUUGCCUCUUGGAGAAGCUUGGAUUAGCAACAUGCUUGGCGGACCACGGGCUUCGUCCACGCCACCUAUCAACCCGAAGGACUACCAGCCAACCUCCGAAUCACCAUAUGCUGAUUCAGGCCCUCCACGCACGCAUCCUUCAGCCGGUCUGUCUUAUGGCCGCACAUCAGCCCACACUUUCAACCAUCCUCUGUAUGGCCCUCAGAACAAGAAGCCCCCCGUCCAAGCUAGAGUCGUCAUGCCCAAGGGAGCAGCAACUGGCAACUUUGCGCCACUUUUGGGAGUAGGAGGAUUCGUCGUCGAUGUUCCCGCUGGAGAAGCUUCCUUCAACGUACGAACCAAGAACCGACCAGGGCUCGAGCCUCUCACGCCCGGUCUCCAAAAUAUUGAGCCCCACAAAGUUGGUGGCUCAAAAGCUUACGUGCAUCCAAAGAGCGCAAGUGUGGAUCCCAAGGGCAGGAUUAUUCUGAAGGUUGAGCAGGCGGAUCCGGAGGCGGUUGCUGUUUUGGAGGGGAAGGUCAAACUUGGAAUUCGUUGA